AAACAAUAUGAGUCACGAGGAAUCUGGAAACGUGCCUUCUGUCUCUCCAAACCUAACAAACCCCCCUGCUCUGGUUUUCCUUCUCUUCUAAACCCCAAAGAUACCUUAGCAUUUCCCAACUUGCCCAGGAGCUGACUCAUUGCCAAGUAAGAAACCAGAAGCUUCAGAGAUGACCUUGCAACAUCAGCUGGCUUCUGACCGAGAAAACCCUGCCCUGGGUUUUGCCUCCAGCAUUCGUGCUCUCUAUGCUGCAGCGAAAGCAGGAAGAGAAGAAGAAGAAGAAGGUGGAGCCAUGGCUGCUGUCCUCCUCCCGGGAAACCUUCAAGAUGAAGCCACUUGCUCGGUUUGCUUGGAAUAUUUCAAAGACCCCGUGUCCAUCCAAUGUGGGCACAAUUUCUGCCGGGCUUGUAUCACCAAGAGCUGGAAGAGCCUGGAGGUGGACUUUCCUUGCCCCCAGUGCAGGGAAUUGUUCAAGGAGAAAAGCUUCAGGCCCAACCGACAGCUGGCCAACAUGUCUGAAAUCAUCAGCCAGUUCAUCCUGCAUGGCGGGAGAGGCCUUGAGGAGGACAGGAUCUGCGAGAAGCACAAGGAGGCUCUGAAGCUUUACUGCAAGGACGACCAGAAGACCAUUUGUGUGGUGUGUGACCGAUCUCGGGACCACCGACCUCAUGCGGUGGUGCCCGUAGAAGAGGCAGCCCAGGAAUACAAGGAACAAAUACAGACUCGCUUGGAUUUCUUGAAGAAAGAGAGACAAGAACUCCUGGAAUUCAAAACUCAGGAUGACAAAAAGAGCCAAGAAUUGCUGAAAACCAUAGAAACCGAGAGACAGAAAGUCCUCUCUGAAUUUGAAGGGCUACGCCAGUUUCUUCAUGAUCAAGAACAGGUUCUCCUUGGACAGCUGGACAAGAUGGAGAAGGGCAUCGUGAAAAGACAGAAUGAAAACAUCACAGAGCUGUCCAAGGAAAUUUCCCUCCUCAACAAAUUCAUUGCUGAUCUGGAGGACAAAAGCCAAGAAUCAUUGCUUGAUUUCCUCAAGGAUGUGACGGCUAUUAUUGCCAGAAGUGACAAUGUUAAAUGUCAGCAGCCUAUCCCAGUUUCUUGUGACAUGAAGGGCCAUGUCUCCAACUUCUCUCUGAAGACGGUGGCGCUCAAGGGAGCACUUAAGAAGUUCAGAGAUCAUCUCCGGGAUGAACUGGGGAAAGGUGAGAAAGAGGACUUGCUUCUGGAUCUGGAGACGGCCAACCACCUCCUCCUCAUCUCGCCGGAUCUCAAGACAGUGCGGAUGGGUUGCCGCAAGCAAGACCUCUCCUACAGCCCCAAGCGUUUUGACACCAACUCUCGAGUCCUGGCAACGGAAGGGUUCAAGUCUGGGCGGCAUUAUUGGGAGGUGGAGGUGGGGUCUGCCGACGGCUGGGCCUUUGGAGUAGCCAAGGAAUCGGUGCGAAGGAAAGGGCUGACUCAAUUUUGCCCCGAAGAGGGCAUCUGGGCCCUACAGCAAAACGGAGGGCAAUAUUGGGCGGUCACCACUCCUCAACGCACCCCACUUUUCCUGAAUGAGAAGCUGAUUAAAGUUAGAGUCUACUUAGACUAUGAAGGAGAAGAAGUGUCCUUCUACAAUGCUGACACCAUGCAACACAUCUUUACCUUUAACAUUGCUUUCACAGAGAAGAUGUUCCCGCUCUUCUCGGUGUGCUCCACUAUAACUUAUAUUAAAUUAUGCUCCUGAGAUGAAAAAGAUACCUCGAUAGAAACAGGAAGAAGCCAUGGCGAUGCUUGUUUUGAUAUGGGGUUGACCUUCAAGAGAGAUGCAAGGGUUUGUAGGAAAAAUAUGUGAGAAACCUGGCCACCUUCAGACUGCAGUGGGGCUGAAAACUAAAUCUUGGUCAAAGUUACAGAAGAUGCCACCAAUUUAUCUACGCCAUGCAGGACAUCUGUUAACAGGCUUGAUGUUUGAGCUUUUGUUUCUAACCCAAUCCUAUCACACAGGUAGGAUUUCAUCUUGCCUGCCUUGAAUGUUGAGAAGAAGUGUACCAUAUUUUUUGGAGUAUAAGACGCUUUGGAGUAUAGGACGCACAUUAGUUUUUGG